UGUACAGUAGGACCUUUUGCUUACCAUCCACACACCAUCCCUCAAUAACAAUUCCACAGUAAUGGCAUCUUCAGCAGUUUCAAAGCAAUCCUAUUGCCAUAGCCUUGCCAUCCUUAGUACCACUCUAGCAUUCUUUUGUGUAGCGAAAACUUGCUUGGCUGAAAAUUUUAAGCCUCAGGUUGAGUCUGGUGAUGAUUUUAUUAAAACCUCAUGUGGGGUGACAAGGUAUCCAGAUUUGUGUUAUGAGAAACUCUCAGCUUAUGCUGAUACCAUUCAGGAUAAUCCUACACAAUUAGCCAAUGUCUCACUAUCAGAGACCCUAAAAAACGCAGAGUCCACGUUAAUCAUGGUGCAGAAGCUAUUGAAAAAGCGCAAGUUAAGGCCUAGAGAAGCUGACGCCAUAAAGGAAUGCGUCGAAACCAUGAAGGACUCGGUCGAUGAACUUCAGAAGUCAAUGCUAGCAAUGAGCGAUCUUGAAGGCCCAGAUUUUGAUAUGGAAAUGAGCAACAUACAAACAUGGGUAAGUGCUGCCUUGACGGACGAAGAUACCUGUAUGGAUGACUCUGAAGAAAAUUCCAUAGAUGGGAAGGUUAAGGAUACUAUAAGGAGCUAUAUUGUGACAGUUGCUCAGUUAACUAGCAUUGCCUUAGCUCUCAUUAACAGUAUUCAUUAAUCACCUCUAGUGAACUUAUAAGUUACUUACUCCUCUUCUCUAGUGUGUCUCAAUAUAAAUUAAAGCAAAUCCAUGGAUUGUUUGCCCUAGCAAUUUGGUUGGUUGUAAUAAAGUUUGUAUUAAUUUGUUUGUGCUA